AUGUGUCCAGCUGACGUCACAGCUCGUCUCUCCCCACAAAUACUGCACAACCAGUGGGCAGUGCGUUUGUUCACUUCUCCAUCCUCUCGCCUCAAUGUGGCACCACCCGACUCACUCACAUGCCGCCACACGCUGCCGCCCACGCUCACCUCGGCCUUCUUUGCUCCUUCUCCCCUCUUACCUCUCUUUGUACCACCUCCUCCUCCUCCUCUCUCCGUCUACUGCCUCCUCAACAGCACUCCAGAAAGUCGUUGA